AGGUCAGUGAAGGUGAAACUCAGCAACUCCAUUUUGUGAGGAGGGGACAAUAAACUAUAUCAAGAGUAAAAACGCAGGUUUGAUUUAACACACCGAUGUUGGAGUGAAGUAAACGUGUGUCCUGCUGUAAUCUGGAGAAGGAGACUUGACCUCCAACAUGAGUGUUCCUGGAAAACUGGACAUAAAAAAAUAUGAGAGAAUGAUGGAGGGAAAGAGAUCAGACUCACCAGAACCCAGCUGUGUGUCCAUGAAGAGUGACUGGUCAGUGGAUCCUCCAAUUACCUUCAGAGACAGAGACAGUCCUACUGAUGUGAGAUCACUAAAGAAGAAAUCAGACAUCAGCAGAAAUCACUUGGAGUCCAUAUUCAAGGAGCUGGAACACAAAGUCAUCACUCUGAUAAAGAAUGAGCUGAAGAGAUUUAGGAAGAUCCUGAGUCCAGAUUACCCAGCAUGCACUGAGAGGGAGGUGGAGGAUGAGGAGGAUCUAUACAGUGUCAGAGAGGGAGCGCUGAAGAUCACACUGCACGUCCUGAAGAAAAUGAACCACACAGAUCUCGCUAACGCACUGCACAACAAACUUGCCUCUGUGUAUCAGUCAAAGUUGAAAUCCAACCUGAGAGAGAAGUUUAAAAGAAUUAAUGAAGGAAUCUCACAGCAUGGAAGCUCAGCACUUCUGAAUGAGAUCUACACAGAGCUCUACAUCACAGAGGGUUGGAGUGGAGAUGUCAAUAAUGAACAUGAGGUGAGACAGAUUGAGACAGCAUCCAGGAGACCAGCAACACGGGAGACACCCAUCAAAUGUAAUGACCUCUUUAAAGACAAGUCCAUCAGAACGGUGCUGACUAAAGGAGUUGCUGGAAUUGGAAAAACAGUCUCUGUGCAGAAGUUCAUUCUGGACUGGGCUGAAGGAAAAGCAAAUCAGGACAUCUUCUUCAUGUUUCCACUUCCCUUUAGAGAGCUGAAUUUGAUAAAGCAGAAAAAUCUCAAUCUGAUGAAUCUUCUUCAUCACUUUUUCCCAGAAAUGAGAAAACUACAAUUAAUAGGCUCCUACAAAGUGGUGUUGAUCUUCGAUGGUCUGGAUGAGUGUCGACUUCCUCUAAAUUUCCAGAACAAUGAGAGAUUGUGUGAUGUGACAGAGUCAGCCUCAGUGGAUGUGCUGCUGACAAACCUCAUCAAGGGGAAUCUGCUUCCCUCUGCUCACCUCUGGAUAACCUCUCGACCAGGAGCAGCCAAUCAGAUCCCUCCUGAGUGUGUAGACCAGGUAACAGAGGUACGAGGGUUCCGUGAUCGUCAGAAAGAGGAUUACUUCAGGAAGAGGAUCAGUGAUCAGAGCCUGGCCAAUAAAAUCAUCACACACAUGAAGUGUUCCAGAAGCCUCUACAUCAUGUGCCACAUCCCAGUCUUCUGUUGUAUUUCAGCCACUGUUCUAGAGAGAAUGUUGGGUGAAGCAGAGAGUGGAGAGAUCCCCAGGACUCUGACUCAAAUGUUCACACACUUCCUGAUCUUUCAGAUCAAACACAAGGACCAAAAGUACCAUCAGAAAUGUGGCCCUGAUCCUCAGCAGACCAGAGAGAGUAUCCUGGCACUGGGAAAACUGGCUUUCCAACAGCUGGAGAAAGGAAACCUGAUCUUCUAUGAGGAAGACCUGAGAGAGUGUGGCAUUGAUGUCAGAGAAAUCUCAGUGUACUCAGGAGUGUGUGCCCAAAUCUUGAGAGCAGAGUUUGGGCUUCACCUGGCGAAGGUGUUCAGCUUUGUACAUCUGAGUGUUCAGGAAUUUCUGGCUGCUUUAUAUGCAUUUCUCUGCUUCAUCAGCAGAAAUGUAACAAAACAACAAACCACUGAUCUGUCUGAUCUUUUCAGAAAGUCAAACAUGUCCAAUUUCCUCAGGAGUGCAGUGGACAAGGCCUUACAGAGUGAGAAUGGACACUUGGACCUAUUCCUUCGCUUCCUUCUGGGUCUCUCACUGGAAUCCAAUCAGACUCUCUUACGAGCCUUAAUGCCACAGACAGGAAGCAGCUCUUACAGCAAACAAGAAACAGUCGAGUACAUCAAGGAGAAGAUCAGGAAGAAUCCAUCUCCAGAGAAAUCCAUCAAUCUGUUCCACUGUCUGAAUGAACUGAAUGAUCAUUCUCUAGUGCAGGAAGUUCAAACUUACUUGAACAGAGGAGGUUACAGUCGUCUCAGUGGAAGCAGACUCUCUCCUGCUCAGUGGUCAGCUCUGGUGUUUGUGUUACUGAACUCACAACAGGAGCUGGAUGAGUUUAAUUUGAGGAAAUAUGACCGAUCAGAGGAAUGUCUUCUGAGGCUGCUGCCAGUGGUCAAAGCCACCAGAAAAGCUGUGCUGUGUGAGUGUAAUUUGACAGAGGAAAGCUGUAGAGUUCUGUCCUCAGUUCUCAGCUCAAACUCCUCCAGUCUGAGAGAACUGGACCUGAGUAUCAAUAAACUGCAGGAUUCAGGAGUGAAGCUGCUCUCUGCUGGACUGGAGAAUCCACACUGUACACUGGAGAUACUGAGGUAUACACACACACAAUAAAUAUGAUGUACUAGCUCUAGGAGCAUCACUAAAUAUUAUAUACAGAAAUUAUAUUGUGUGUGUGUAAGAGAGCGAUAUACAAAUACAUAUUCAUUUACAUUACAUUUAUGACAUUUGGCAGACGCCCUUAUCCAGAGCGACUUACAAAAGUGCUUUGAAGUCUAUCAAAAUAUACAUUCUGAUACAGUCUUGCUAGGUCACAAACUGGGAAUACCAUCAUUCUAAAAACUCUGUUGGGGAGAUACUAGACAAUACAAUUUUUUUAAGUGCUAAUUUAAGUACUUUAGGAAGAGGUAGGUCUUUAGUCAUUGUUUGAAGACUGCCAGUGACUCAGCUGUUCAGACAUCUAGGGGAAGUUCAUUCCACCACCUAGAUGCCAGAACAGAGAAGAGUCUCGAUGUACCCUUCCUUGUACCCUGAGAGAUGGUGGGACCAGUCGAGCAGUGCUAGAGGAUUGGUGGGAGCGUGGUGCCGUGUGGGAUGUGAUAAGUGCUUUGAGAUAAGUGGAUGCUGGUCUGUUCUUGGCUUUGUAGGCAAGCAUCAGUGUUUUAAAUCUGAUGCAGGCAGCUACAGGACGCCAGUUGAGGGAGCCUAGCAAUAGGGUGGUGUGGGAGAACUUAGGAAGGUUGAAAACCAGUCGUGCAGCUGCAUUCUAGAUCAGUUGCAGAGGACAAAUGGCGCUCAGAGGCAGACCUGCCGGGAGUGAGGUGCAGUAGUCCAGUCUUGAAAUGACAAGGGACUGAACAAGCACCUGUGUGGCCUGUGUGGAAAGAAAUGGACAAAUUCUUCUGAUGUUAUAAAGGAGAAAUCAGCAUGAGCAUGCCAGAUUAGUAAUGUGAGAGGAGAAGGACAGUUGAUUUUCCAUGGUUACCCCAAGGUUGUGUGCAGUAACCGAAAGCGAGAUCAGAGAAUUGUCUAGGGAGAUUGCAAGAUCAUGACAUGGGGAUGAAUCACCUGGGAUGAACAGCAGUUCAGUUUUGCUGCUAUUGAGUUUCAGCUGAUGAACUGUCAUCCAUGAUAAGAUGUCUGCAAGACAUGAAUGUCUGAGGGAGGGAAGGAGAGGAUGAGUUAAGUGUUAUCUGCAUAGCAGUGGUAUGAAAACCCAUGUGAGGAUAUGAGCGCACCAAAAGAUUGAGUAUAGAUGGAGAAGAGGAGAGGACCAAGUACUGAGCCUUGUGGGACACCAGUGGAGAGUCUGUGGGGAACAGAUGUGGAUCCCCUCCAUGUCACCUGAUAUGACCGACCUUCAACGUAGGAUGCAAACCAUUGCCAUGCUGCACCACAGAUUCCUAGGCUCAUGAGGGUGGACAAGGGAGUGUUAUAGUCCACUGCUGAAAGGUCAAGGAGGAUGAGGACUGAAGACAGUUUAGCUGAUCUAGCAGCAUGUAUCUUCUCAGUGACAGCCAAAAGGGCAGUCUCUGUGGAGUGUGCUGGUUUGAAGCCUGACUGGUUGGGAUCUUGGAGGUUGUUCUGUGAGAGAUAAAGAGAUAGUUGAUUGUAGACAGUUCAUUCAAGGGUUUUAGAAAGAAAAGAGAGAAGUGAUACCGAUUGGUAGGUGCUAAUGUCAGAGGGAUCCAGAUUGGGUUUCUUCAGGAUGGGAAUAACACUUGCUCUCUUGAGUGAUGUUGGUACAUGACCAGAUGUUAUGGAGUUAUGAUGAUAGUGGAGGAAGGUCUUGAGAGAUGGUCUAGAGCAUUGUGUAAGGGAUUGGAUCCAAUGGGCAGGUGGUAGGAUUUCAGGACAAGAUGAUUUUCAGGAUCUCUUCUGUUCCUAGUU